AUGUCCGAAUCAAAAGGCGACUCCAUUGAGAUUGACAAGGCCGAGAAAGAUGAACCCAUCCAAGACGACUAUCUGCAUGGCACCCGUUUGAUAGCACUGACGGUAUCACUUCUACUGGGAAUGUUCUUGGUUGCGCUUGAUAAUACUAUCAUUGGUACUGCGAUUCCCAAGAUCACAGACGAAUUCCAUGAUCUGAACAAAGUUUCAUGGUACGGCUCUGCAUACUUCAUGACCUUUGGUGGUAGUUUUCAAUCAACAUGGGGAAAGGUUUUCAAAUACUUUCCACUCAAGCUUUGGUUCCUCAUCGCCUUAUUGAUCUUCGAGAUUGGAAGUCUAGUUUGCGGAGUAGCACAAGAUCCGACAACUUUGAUUGUAGGUCGAGCAAUCGCCGGUCUUGGUGGAUCAGGUGUUGCUGUCGGCGUGUUCACAAUGCUCGGCUUGGCUGCCUCGCCUGAGAAGCGUCCGCAACUCCUAGGAUUCACCGGAGCAGCCUAUGUUGGAGGACUGUCAGCUAUCAUCAUCUUUUUCUUCUUCAAGCCACCGAACAGUGCCAAACCUACGCAGGCGCCGUUGAAAGAGAAACUGCUACAAAUGGAUUUCGUUGGUGCCACCCUCAUGAUCGGCUUGAUCAUCUCAUUCAUACUGGCUUUGCAAUACGGCGGACAAACACAUUCAUGGAAGAGCAGUCAAGUUAUCGGAUUGUUGGUUGGCUUCGUCGUUCUCGUUGCAGUCUUUGUGCUUUGGGAGAUAUACCAAAAGGAACGCGCCAUGAUCGUUCCUCGGCUGCGCUAUGUUUGGGUAGGCUCUGUGUUCAUGUUCUUCUUCGGUGGCGCAUACUUUGUCCUUCUAUACUACCUUCCGAUCUACUUCCAGAGCAUUCACGAGGCCAGUCCUAUCGGGUCCGGUGUCAGGAUGCUCGCGUUGAUCAUUCCCUUGACCAUCACCGCUAUCGUUCAAGGCUUUGCACUAUCCAAAAUCGGCAUCGUGCCUGCGUUUUGGAUCUUUGGAGGUGCAUUGGCAACUGUUGGCUGUGGGCUGAUCUACACUAUGGAUGCCAACACUUCUGCUGGUAAAUGGAUCGGCUAUCAGAUCUUGGUCGGCUUCGCCACUGGUCUAACUUUCCAGGUCGCUAUUGCAAAUGCACAAGUCCACGCUAAGUUCGAGGACUUAUCGCAGGUCAGUGCCAUUAUCAAUUUCUUCGUCACAAUCGGCGGCGCUUUCUUCAUCUCUGCUGUGCAAUGCGCAUUCAACAACCAGGUCAUCAAAGAGCUCAUGGCGAAUCUUCCUGGUAUCGAUCCGUCAAUUGUUCUCGGAAUUGGAGCGACACAAAUUCGUCAAGAGUUUACGAGCUCACAGGUACCGAUUGUUCUUGAUGCUUACAUGGUUGGCUUGAAAGCUGUUUUCGCUAUUACCACAGCGGCUUAUGGUAUCUCCGCCAUCGUUGGCUUGUUUGGCAGCUGGAAGAGGCUCAACGAAGAUGAGAUAAAGCAAGCUGCAGGCGGUGCAGCUUGA